UCAUACAAACACCAACUUUAAUAGCUAAUCUGUGCAGCAGAAAGAGGAAGGACCGUAUUUAAUCAUAUUUAUUUCGCUUAUUUAUCAUAUUUCUGUCAGGACAAUGUGUAGCAAUAAGGAAGUGGAAUACAUGGACACUUCAGACUUCCCAUGGUGUUGGUAUUAUCUGGCAGACUGUGGAAGGUGGCACAGGUUUGAGGACGACCCUGAUAACCCCCUGAGGAGUGAGGAGAUUGAAAAAUAUUACAAAAGAAACUCUAAAGCAGCGUUGAAUACAUCAUCCGGUAACUGUGAGAGCAAGAUGGACUUCUCAGCAAUGUUACAGACUGACCUCAUCACAGGAAGGCAAAGACGAAUCCAACGGGCCUUCAACCUUGAGAGAGGAUGCGCCUGCUUCAGUGCUUCUCCUGUCUUCUGGGAAAAGGUGGACCCAACAUGUCCAUAUCAGUUAAUGCCUCUGAGUGAACUCAGCCCUGAGUAUCUCACGGUGGCAGACUAUGUGAAGACAGAGGGGUUGUUGGAUGCAGACAUCGUGUCAAUCAGCAGGAUCCAGAAUCUGGACCUGUGGGAGAUAUUCUGUCGGAAAAAGAAGCAGAUAAUGCGAAUCCAGGAUGUCAAAGAGAUCCAGGAGAAGAGACUCUUUCAUGGUACAGAAAUUACAAAUGUUGACAGCAUUUGCAAGUAUAACUUUGAUUUACGAUUGACCGGAAAACAUGCCAGCGUAUAUGGCAAAGGGAUAUAUUUUGCAAAACAUGCCAAAUAUGCAGACAGAUACAGCAUGGGCAGCAGGGAUCCAUUGCCUCUGUAUGGCGGGGAAACACGAGGUGUUCAAGGUGAAUACACUAAAGUGAUAUUUUUGGCUCGUGUGAUAAUCGGAAAAUCAACGGUUGGACUGGCUAUUUAUCGGAAACCUGAUGAUGGAAGUUCUGAAAACACUCACUACAGCUGUGUGGAUGAUGUCAAUCAUCCCAAGAUCUUUGUAAUAUUUGAUCCAAAUCAGAUAUAUCCAGAGUAUUUGAUUCAGUAUACCGGUAGAUGAAGUGAACAGAGGGUCUUGAGCAUGUGCAAUAUCAGCAUGUCUAACUCUGUCUUGGUAGAAAACCUCUCAUAUUCUUUGAAGACUUUUUAUUUUUUUACGACAUCUUUUAAACUACAUUUUUAAAGGAGCUGAACUCCGUGAUAUAUAUUAUAUUUUUACAUAGGUUACCAAUUUUGAAAUGAAGUAGCGCUUCAAAUGUAAAUAGCGUAGUUAUUUAAGGUACUAUUUAAAAAAUGCAGUUUUACAAGGUGACUUUUGUCACGUUUUACAAUAAUCUAACAUUACGCUGAUUUAUCUGUGAUAUUCAAAUAGAUCAUAUUCUAAAUAAAUGUUUUCGUCGGAGCCAAACUAAAAUCUCUGUGUUGAUUCAUUUUCCAACAUUUUAUUAUGUGUAAUAUAACCGGGGAAUAAAGGCCUUUAAGGACUGAGGCAUGGAUGCAGGGGUAAUGCUACAAUAAACACUAACAGUAUCACACUGUAAUAAUGUGCAGUAGGUAGUGUAGAGUACUUGUUAGCAGCACAGCCAGUACUUCCAAACUACAACCAUCCCUCUGACUGGGAACCAAAAUAGAAACUGAACUCCAGCCAGAACGCUUGAGGCACUCUCUGCAGGUGAACAUUUUCCACACGCCCCAACCACUGACGUCUGACAGGUGUUGUCUUUUCACAAUUUAAGCAAAUAACUCACUGUACUGACAUCACUGGCUGGGCGGGUCUCCAACUGCUGCUGCCUAGCAACAAUUUGAAUAAAUAAUACAACUAUGAGAAAUGUCCAGUAUCUUUGGCAUUUCUCCCAACAAGAACACAUUAACCCUAUUAUUGGGGAAAACACCAGCGGAAAUACAAAAUAAAGAUUCCUACCUAUUUCUUGUGAUAAGAAUAGCAAUCAUUAAACAAAUUACAAGGAAUUGGCUAAAAGAUAAUAACUUAAUAAACUCACAAUUAAAUAACCUAAAUGAAAUCUAUGGAAUGCAGAAAACAACUAUGAGAAUUAGAAACCAAAUGUAUAUCUUUGAGGAAAGAUGGGAACAAUGGGUAAAGUAUAGAACACUAUAACGAAGAUUUAAAAGGAACAUGAGGUAAUAAUUGACAAUGAAUGUAUAUUGAGUAUUAAUACUGUAUCCAUUCUUUUAUUUGUAUUAUUAGUACUAUUAUUAUUUCAUUUCGGAUUUGUCAACUGUUAUGUAGUUAAUGUAUGUACCUAGAUGUGUUUAUUUUGUUAUGUAUGUUUUGUGAAUAAUUUAUUUAAAUGCGAAUAUUAUUAAUAAAUAAUAUAUUACUAUACUGUAAACAGAAAAUUAAAUAUGUGCUUUUUAUUAUUAAUUUAGAAGCAUGAAGGUUUGUUUUCUUCCACCAAAUGUUACUGAGAGGGCUUUAUUUAUUUACUAUAGUUCAUUGUCAAUAAAAAAAAAGACACAUAUUUGGUCAAUUGUACUGUCAGCAGAGGGCGCCAUAUACAUUUAAGAUGCAUGUUGAAGACUUGGCAGAGGUCAGCAGUGGCUUGGUUACAUGUUUCUGCUCUACACUCCUUCAGGGGGGGGUCUGCUCCUCAUCUGGAUAUAUUCCCCCAGCAUCGUCUUUAUUAGUUACCCAAGGAUCCCAGCAAGUUGUUAUACGUAACUGUACACUUACUAAAGUACUACAUCAGUACUGCCAUACUUCUCUCCCUAUUGUGUUAUUUUUACUGGUUCACUUUAACCAGUUGGCCCAGGUGGAGCACAUGUCGCCAUCGUGUGUGAUUUACUUGAAUCUUUUUAAGGACAAUUCAUGUGUGUCGUGGCUUCCUUCCUUGUCUUUCUAUCAAGCCACUAGACGCCUUAAACAGACAGUUCUAACUCGUUUUCUUUCCUUUGUUUUACUUACAGUUUGAAGAGUUGCUUGGCCUCCGAUGGUUAGAUGAUGUUGCAAUGUGUUUGCUCAAAAUAAAAUAACACACUUUUGCACAUGCAACAAAGAAAAGAGGCCUUUACAAUAUCCAAAAGAAAUAAGCAAAACUCAAAUAAAAUAAUAAACUUAGGUAUUCUUUCUUUCUUAAUAAUGCUUAUAUAACUUCAUAACUUAAAGGGUACGAUUGUACGAUAUGUAUGUGUACGUGUACGGUUAAAAACUGUUCCUCGACCACGUCUCUCAAACAGGUUGCCCAUCACUGUGGCUUUUAGCGCAGGCGCUGUGGGAAUUGUAGUCCUUUAUAGUGUGUUGACUACAGACGUCACAAUUAGGUGGUCUUUCUUAUCAAUCAAAAUACUGGCUCUAACAAUGUGUGGUGAUUUGGGAAGUACUACUGUGUUCAUGCAGGAAAAUCAGAGGUUGGAGGAGUAGGCAGAUCUUGUAAUUGAGUGGAAAUAGAAGAGUGUAGGAAUACUCUGUUACAAGUAAAAGUCCUGCAUUCAAAAUGUUACUCAAGUAAAAGUACAAAAGUAUUAGCAUCAAAAUAUAGUUAAAGUACCAAAAGUAAAAGUAGACAUUGUGCAGAUUGGCCCAUUUCAGAAUAUGAUGUGUUUUAUAAUUAUUGAUGCAUUAAAGUGUUAUCAAAGCUGGUAUUAAAUACAUGUAGUGGAGUAAAAGUACACUAUUUACCUCUGAAUGGUAAUGGAGUAGCAACAUAGUACAUAGUAGCAAAAAAUGUACCUCAAAACUUAACUAAAGUACAGUACUUGAGCAAAUGUACUUAGCUACUUUACACCACAGUAAGCUGCAUUUAGACGGGUAACUUGAUGUAUUGUUUUCAAUUGUGGUUAAUGAAAGGUAUAUUUGUCACCACUUCCAGCAAUGUGUUUAAUGUUAUUAUUUUCAGAAAUGUUACAUCAAUUUUUUGAGGAAUUCCCUGAAUUCAUUUCAUGUUUCUCAGUUUAUUUCCCCCUGCACUUUGUUUAUUCUGUGAGGUUCUUAUACUCCUGUGUACUUAAUUGGAUAAACUAUGUGAAUUACAUUAGGGUCCAGUGAAAUCCAUUUAAACCCAUAAGAUGAUGUAAUUAUGACAUUAUAUAAUACACAAUCCCAAGUGACAUACAUUCGCACACUAAUUAUUUUUAAUAUUUCAUCAUGUUUGGUGAAUAAAAUAUUCACAAUGCAAUUGAAUGUGUCAAAACCAGAAUAAAAGAUCAUCUCACAUGCUA